CUCACCAACGAUGUGUUUCAGUAAGCGUGUGCGCGCGUGCGAGUCCAGCGGCACGAAGACUUCCAGGCAGCUCCUGAGGUGAAUGUGAUUCUGGAUUCAAUGAAUUUCUCACUGGAAACCCGUGAUGAGGUGGCUUCUGCCUUGGAUUUUAACGGUAGCCAGCAUCUAUCAGACCAUAUCACAAAACCUCAGCACCAACGAGGUGGUUGACACCGUGGAGCCGUACAACCGAACGCUGUACUGCAAAUGGCCUUGCAAGUGCCCCAAGACGCCCCCCAGCUGUCCCCUGGGGGUCAGCCUGAUGACGGACGGCUGCGAGUGCUGCAAGGCCUGCGCCAAGCAGGUGGGCCAGACCUGCAACGAGAGGGACUCCUGCGACUACCACAAGGGGCUGUACUGUGACUACAGCGCAGACAAGCCUAGGUACGAAAAAGGAGUGUGUGCAUACAUGAUCGGCACAGGCUGCGAGUAUGACGGUGUCAUCUACUACAACGGCCAAAGCUUCCAGCCCAGCUGCAAGUACUCCUGCAUGUGUGUGAACGGAGCCAUCGGCUGUGUGUCUCUGUGCGCCAGCCUGCCUCCUCCCCGCGUCUGGUGCCGCUCGCCGCGCCGCGUCACCGUCCGAGGUCAAUGCUGCGAGACCUGGGUCUGCGACGACGCCCACAAACCCCGGAGGACGUCAGCACGACACGUCCUCCCCUCAGCGGACUCUGACACCACUGCUGAGAUGCGAUCCCGCACCACUCAGCAACAGAAGCAGCCGAAACUGCAGCAGAAGCCACCGCUGAAGAAACAGGAGCAGCAGCAGCAGCAGCAGCAGAAGGAGCCGCAACAACAAGAACAGCAACAACCACAACAGGGAAAUGAAAGCCAGCAGGAUCAAGAUCAGCAACAGCAACCAGAGUGGCAGCAAGAGAACGCUAAGCAGCGGGAUCAACAGCAACCGCAGCAAGAGAAUGACCAGCAGCAGGAGCAGGAGCAGAAGAAGAACUGCAUCAGCCAGAGCACCCCGUGGAGUCCAUGCUCCAAGACCUGCGGCCGAGGCCUCUCCCUGCGCAUCUCCAACGACAACGCCAGGUGCGAGAUGGUGAAGGAGAGCCGCUUGUGCACAAUCCGGCCCUGCGAGGUGGACAUCACCAAACACAUCAAGGAAGGAAAAAAGUGCCUGCACAUCUACAGAGAGCCCCAGCACCAGUUCCUCAUGUUCUCAGGCUGUAGGAGCACCAAGCCAUACUGGCCCAAGUACUGUGGAGUAUGCUACUCUACUGAUGACCGCUGCUGCAUCCCGUACAAGUCCAAGACCAUCGAGGUGGAGUUCCAGUGUCCCAACGGGGCGGUAUUGUCCUGGAAGAUGAUGUGGAUCAACGCCUGCUUCUGCAACCUCAGCUGCAGGAACCCCAAUGACAUCUUCUCUGACCUCAACCAGUUCUAUGACCAUAAUGAGAUCGUGAACUGAGGAAGAUCAUGACAGACAGAAUGGGUGUUUUGUUUCAAGUGACAAGUGUCAUACAACUUCAGACUUUGUAUCGUGCGAGCUGUGCGCUCUUAACUGUUUUUGGAGGUGGACUGAACCCUAUUUUUUUUUCUCUCCAUAAAUUGUUGCAGAUUUUUGAAUUUGGCAUAAAUAUCCAUCAAUAUCCUUCCGUUUCUUAUGGUGAAUCAUUGACACUACCAUCAAAGAAAUGUGUGAAUCCUAAAAGUUUGUUGAAGCACCUGUUGAAGCGACCUAGACCUACGCACCUCCAUCGAGAAGGUCCCUGGAAACUGACUCGUCCAACCCAUGUGUGGAUUCUUUCCUGUCCGACUAUUGCAGCCUUUUCUCCAUAAACCCCAUCAUAAACCAAAAACUCAACAGGUUUUUCUAUAAACCUAGAAGUUUAGAAGGAUGGGAUGACCACACUAUGAGACAGAAGACUGAAAUCUCUAAACCAUAUUGGACAAACUGUAUGUCAUAAUGUACAGACUGGGAUGUUUGAGGGCUAUAUACUGGAUUCUAUUUGAGUCGACAAGACCUUCACUUUUUUGGAAUGAUGAUCGUGAACAGCCUCAUACUGUAGCAUAUUUGUUUUACUUUUUAAGUGUAUAUAGUCAUUUUGGUACUGGUUGAAGAACUGUUAAAUCUUUUUUUUUAUUCAGGUUAGCUGGAAAGGUACAAACAAGACAAGACCUUGCAAAAGUGUUCUUACACCAACAAUAAUAGUGUUGUAUGUUUUGUAUUGUGAUUUGAUGUUGUGGAUUUUAUUUGAUGCAUGCCUGAAUAUUAUCAGAUCUGAUGGUCAUGUCAUAAGAUAAGAUAUUAUCAAAAGAUAUUAAUAAAUGAACAAAAGCAUUGUACAGCAAAUAUAUUGGAUUGUAUUUUAUUACAUAUAUAUUUACGCAUGUAAAAUCUUGAUUUCUAAAGGAGUUAAAAUGUUCAUAGGUUAUGAUAGACACACAUAAUAGAUGUGGAUAUGAUAUCAGUAAAUAAACAUCUCUUCAGAGAUGUGAAUGUAAAUACUAUAAUUUCAAAUUAAAAUGCAAUUGUUAAAGAUUAAUAUUAUAUAUAAAAAAUCCCAUAUAACUCAAGGGUACACAUAAUUACCUCACCACCCCACCAUCCCAUCACCCGCACAAAACUCUCCAUCUCCUACGAUACCAUACAAAACUUUACAGCGUUAAAACAACAAACAAGAACAGGGACAUUAUUUUCAGUUAACUUUAACACAGUAUCUGUAAAUGCACCUGACGGCAAUUUCUUUGUCUACACUCAGUAGAUACCUACAUGACAUGAGGUAUAAUGUUCUCUAUCCACCACCAACCUACGGUACAAUACACGUGGGUAAGUAAAUGAUGGAUAUCAAGCAGCAAUCUCCUCUUGGCUCUGUCGUUACGUCUUAAAACUGUGAGUACAAUGUUAAUAUGAACGAGUCAAGUCUUCCAAGCUCAAGAGUAUUGAGCUAGUCAACCCCCUCUAA